GGGGUCCAGGCAUGCACCUCCAUGUGAUCGCCUCACCAGUGAAGUCUAUUACUCAGGCAGCUCAACAUAUUUGUCUUUCUUUAUCAGUCAUUCUCCCUCUCUUUUCAGGCAGACGUGACGGAGAAACGACAAAGUAUUCCAAAGACUUUUUUUAUUCUUUUGAACUUUGACUUCUUUGUAUCCCCACCAAGCUUAUACAGAAUCUCAACCCCGCAUCCUUUCAGCGAUACAGCGCCUGAGUCUACUCUACGACAAGCUUAUCUUUCCGACUUCUUGAACAUCAACAGACAUCAUAUCUAUCGAACGAGCGAACCGAGACGAAACGAAGCCAUCAUGAAUUACAUCUACUCCACAGUCAACACCCUACGGGAUCGUUAUACACCCGUCUCUCACAAGUCAACCUUCCGCCAGACCGGUCAAAUCACACCAGAAGAGUUCCUCGCUGCGGGCGACUACCUUGUGUACAAGUUCCCGACCUGGUCUUGGGGCGAUGCCGACUCUCCUGAGCAGAGAGUGAGCCAUCUUCCUCCCGGAAAGCAGUUCCUCGUGACACGCAACGUUCCCUGCCACCGACGCCUAAACGACGACUUUGCGGGUGAUGCAGGCCAUGAGGAAGCUCUUGUGAACGAUGGCGACGACUUCAAGGGCGCUACUGGCGACGACGAGGAUGGUUGGCUGAGGACCGGUGGUCUGGCUAGUUCCCAGCCGCUGAAGGUCAAGGAGGUGAGGACGGUGGAUGAUUCCGGAAAUGUCGGUGAUCGAGAGGUUGUCGAGGAUGAUGAUGAGAUCCCAGACAUGGAGGAUGAAGACGAUGAUGAGGCUAUCAUCCGUGAUUCUAGCGCCGAUUCCAAGAACAGCGCUCACCGUACAUACACUCUCUACAUCAUGUACUCCCCCUACUACCGAACACCCCGUCUGUAUCUCUCAGGCUAUCUUGCCAGCGGCCAGCCGCUCCCCCCUAACGACAUGACAGAGGACAUUGUCGGUGACUACAAGGACAAGACAGUGACACUUGAGGACUUCCCCUUCUUCGCCAACAACAUCAAGAUGGCUUCAGUACAUCCUUGCAAGCACGCCUCAGUCAUGAAGACACUACUCGACCGUGCCGACGCCGCUCUUCGCCUGCGUCGUGAGAAGCUUCGUGCCGGUAACAGCCAGACACCCUCUGGCAUGGAAGGUCUGGUAGAUGAGAUUGGAAAGUUGGAUGUUAAGGGUGCUCAGGAAGCAGCGGACAAGGAUGAGUGGGAGGAGGUCCAGGAGACCGAGAUCGAUGAUCAAGAGGUUGCUAUCCGAGUGGAUCAGUACCUAGUUGUGUUCCUCAAGUUCAUGGCCAGUGUGACACCUGGUAUCGAGCACGAUUUCACCAUGGGUGUCUAAUCAGGCGAAACAAUGACCAAGAUUAGAUUUGUGGUCAAGAGAUACAGAUGGUCAAGAAAGUAUGGAUUGGGAAUCACUAUAUCGGGAGAAUAGGCGUUGACGGUGUUCGAUUGUUAAGAUCUUCUAUGGUAGCGACUGUAUUCAGACAGUGUAGAUUUUUUUACUUCCAGCAUGAAUACACGGAACGGUAUCUACAGUAUGCCUACUUA